UGGGAAAAGAAUGGAGCUGUCCCAGCUACUCAAUGAGAUCAGGGCAAACUAUGAAAAGCUCCUCACCAGAAAUCAGAUAGAGACCGUGCUCUCAACAAGGAUCCAGGUAAUGAUUUCAUACAGACAGGCACCUUCCAGGAUAAGGAGACAAUCCAUGUCUAUCCAAUUCCUGUCCCGGCCUCUCUGAGCUAGAGGAAGAUAUAAGCCAAAAAAUGGACAAAGAUGAAGAGGCUUUAAAGGCAGCUCGGGCAGAACUCAAGGAAGCGCGACGCCAGUGGCACCACCUGCAAGUGGAAAUUGAAUCUCUCCAGGCUGUGGAAAGGGGCCUUGAAAACUCCCUGCAAGCCAGUGAGCAGCAUUACCAGAUGCAGCUGCAAGACCUAGAGGCCGUGAUUGAAGGGCUAGAAAAAGAGCUCCAGGAUGUAAGGCACGGCAUCGAAAAGCAGCUGCAAGAGCAUGAGGCGCUUCUCAACACGAAGAUGAGGCUUGAACAAGAAAUAGCCACCUACCGCCGCCUCCUAGAAAAGGAAGAAAUCAGGUAUUAUGGCUGUAUCCAAGGAGGGAAAAAAGAACAAAAACCUACCACAAGUAGAGUUGGUUUUGUUUUACCUUCAGCCAUUAUAAAUGAAAUAUCUUUUUCAACAAAAGUCCCACAAAAGUGUGAGAACGAAAAAGUGGAAACAGUGACCAAACAGGCCAUAUUAAAUGGAAAUACCGUAAAGGAAAGCACCGAAGCUCAUGGAACAAUUCAGACAGAGAAAGUGGAUGAAGUUAUUAAAGAAUGGGAAGGUUCCUUCUUUAAAGAUAACCCUCGAUUAAGGAAAAAAUCUGUUUCUCUUCGAUUUGAUCUUCAUUUAGCAGCCACUGAUGAAGGGUGUUUACAGACUAAGCAGGAUAAUCUACCAGAUAUAGAAGUCAGGCUUAUCAUGAGAAGAUCAUGCAGCAUCCCCUCUAUCAAACCUCCCUCAGCAGAUAAGUAAUCCAAAGACAAUAUUUGGCUUGAUAUGAAAAUGACAUUAGGAUGGACCAAGGUGGACCAUGCUGACCGCCUUCUGUCCCAGAAUGUAAGUUAUUAAGUGCGUAUGUUAUGAUCUACGUGUGGUUCUCUCCCCAAUUAAAAAAAAAUGAAAUAAGGGACAAAAUUUCUUUGAGUCUAAUUAUGGAUGUAUUUUUUGGAGAAGGGGAGCUUAAAAAUAGAAUCAGAAAUUCAGUAUGGUUUCUACUUUAUUUACUCUCCAUUUUUUAUUUUAUUUACUCUAUUUUGUUUACUCUUAUUCUUCUUUUUCCCUUGAAAUUGUAUCAGAAACUAUAAGCAUUAAGUUGGCUUAUUUAAGUCUUUGAAAUUUCACUUAGUGGCUGAAUAUUCUAAGGAAAAGGGAAUAAUAGUUUGUUUAAAUGUGAUCAUAUUACGUUAGAAUCAUAUGUAGUUAUUCAUCAUUAUUCCAUGACUGGUUAUUUCUAUAAAGAUUUUUCUACUGAAAAAAGAAAGUAUAACAAACUUUUAACUAUAAAACAAACUUUUAAAGGUGACUCAGUAUUCACUGAACGAAAAUGUUGUCUUUUGAGACAAUCAUUUGCACUUAGAAAAAUGUUACUUUCCGUGAGCAGUUCUGAACAAACUACAGAAUGCAACCCCAGGGCUAAUUUGAUGAUUAAAUAAAAUUAAGUUGAUCUUCAUCUGAAAGGUUUUUGUAAUAAUUAUCUAAUUUCUAGAAAAGUUACUUUAUUCAAAGAACUUUAAAGGUUGUGCCCUCCCUCCCCCACAAAAAAAUCAGAAGGCCAGCUGCACAAGUAAAACAUGAAGUUUGUUACUAGUUACUAGAACAGACUUAUCCAACCUAUCACUAUCCCAACUUUUCCAUCUGUAAACUUAAAUGUGAUUAAUUUGAGAAUUUGAUGCAAACAUUAGAUAUUUGAAAGUAUUAUAAAUAUUUCUUGCAAUCAUCUAUGUGAAUUACAAUAACAGUAUUGGUAUCUAGGCUAAGACUAUUUGCAGGAUUUAAGUUUUUAAAUUGUUCAAACUGUGAUAAAUACGGACAGAAAAUAUAUUUGUGAAUAAGUCAAGUAUUGUUGCAAAGUUUUUUAAACAACCUAACUUGUUUAAUACAGGUAUACUUAUUUUAAGAACCUAAAUAAUAAAUACCUGUUUUACAACAUUAUAAGUUUAUAGGCUAUUUUUUUCUAAGCAAAAAAAAAUGUUGAGUAUAACCGGCCAUAAUUUUUUCCCAGCUAAGGUAUCAUGUAAGGGCUACAGCUAUGUUAGCACUUUAGUACAGCUUUUGUGAUCUCUUUCUCCUCUAUUUCAACUAGAAAGAAAAAUGUAUAUUUUAACCAGAAGAAAAUGAUGUUAAAUCUUUAACAUAUUACAAGGAUGUAAAAUGUAAGAUUUUCUUUAAAUUACUUCAGAUUUCUUUUAGCCUGGCUUAUUUUAUUUAAUGAAAGGAAUGAUUUUGUUUUGUCAAGGAUAAACAGCAUGUUAAAUGCUUAUUCUUGCAUAAGCAUCUGACCUCCUGACAUAAACAUCCUAUACGUAAAUGUUUUCAUUCAGUAUUAGUUAAAUGUUACUAACUUUAUUAAAGCUUUGAAAAAUGCAAUCAUAUAAACUAUUGUACUAAAGUUACUGUCCUAAGCAACAGUAAUCACAGUAAGCAAUAUAUCUAGUGUGAUCUAUAUGCAGUGUUAAACACAGUACUGGGCAUCAUGAAUGUAACUGCUUGUUAUAGGAAUUCCGCUAUGCAGCUAUUGUGUGUAUGACAUGUACAUUUUAAAUACAGUACUUGAAUUUGUAACAGUUUUAUUUGCUUUGGGGCAUUUUAAAUUGGGAUAUGAAUUUACCAAAGUAAAUGA